CUGAUCCAGAGCAAAAAGACGCAAAGAGACGCGUGCCGAUCCUCCUGCACCAACACCCGGUCCUGCCGGAUCCGAGCUCACAGAACUUCAGCCGACUUCAGACAGACCCGCAUCUCGCGCUCCGGUAUGGACUCCGUCUACUCAGACAUCGACAGCAACAGCUGCGACUUCUUCCCGCACACCGACGACGAGGACUCCCGCGGCAGCCUGCGCUCCGCCUCCCCGGACUCCUCUCCGCUCUGCCCGCCGCGCUCCCCGGAGCCCGAGCGGCAGCUGCAGCAGCUGCAGCAGCUGCAGCAGCAGAAGAAGCGGCGCCGCGGCCGCGCCCGCAGCGACGCCACCGUGCAGGUGGUGAAGAAGAACCGGCGCCUGAAGGCCAACGACCGGGAGAGGAACCGCAUGCACAACCUGAACGACGCGCUGGACGCGCUGCGCGGCGUGCUGCCGGCCUUCCCGGACGAGACCAAGCUCACCAAAAUCGAGACUCUGCGCUUUGCGCACAACUACAUCUGGGCGCUGUCGGAGACCAUCCGCAUCGCCGACCUGCAGGCGGGGAAGAGCGGCGACGCUCCCCUGCUGCUGAGCGCCGCGUACCUCGGCGAAGCGCCGAGCCCCGGCAGCGACGCCUGCUCCUGGAGUUCCCGCGGCUCCUCGUCCUCCUCGUCCCCGGCUUACUGCGCCUCCAGCCCGGGCAGCCCCGCCGCGCCGGAGGACUGCGGCUACCUGCAGCAGGACGCGCUGUACAGCUUCCGCGGCUUCGCGCCGGGCAUCUUCUGAGCGCCAGGCCGCCGGAGGAGACUCCCCGAGACCAGAGAAAUGUAGAGACAUAUGACGGAAACAGCGGGACCGACGGACAGUCCGCCCUCUGUUGGAAUAAGACUGAGAAUCACUGUUUGCCUUACUGAGCUCAUUUAUGUCCCUCUCCACACGCGUCUCUGCUGACGGAUUGUAAAUGAGAAUAACUUAAU